UCACCUAAUACAAAUUUUUUUUUGAAGAACAUUGGAAAAUUAGUAAGCAACAAAUUAAAAUGGAAAAAGUAACAAGCAUUUUCGUCGUUCUUCUCCUAAUUUCUUCAUGUCUAAUUCUGAGGAGUGAAGGUCAGUUUCGAUGUAAGAGUGCUGCGGAUUGUGAUACUCGUGGUUGCAGAGUAGGGACACAUGUAAUAUGUAAUACAGGGCACAAAUGUACAUGUGCUCAAGGUUCUCCUAUUGGUGGUCAGUGUAAUACAGUCGAAGACUGUGACAGUUCUGGUUGUCCACCAAACUCUCAUGUUAUAUGCGAUACAAUUAGAGGAAACUUCUGCACUUGUGUUCCCAAUUGAAUAUUUAAAGGGUCUCUAAUGAUUGGAGUUGAUAUAAUGUCUUAUAUAUAUAGGAAGAAUUAAGGUUCUUUCGUAUUGACAAUGUCUAUAAUAAAAUUUGUGCUCAAAUAAAUAAAAAAGUAUUGUAAAUCUUCCUUAA